GUAGGGCGGCACUUGUCAAAUACGGUUGAACAAUGGCUAUAGCGCACGUUGCGACCGAAUAUGUAUUUUCAGAUUUUUUAUUAAAAGAAUCGAGUGACUCGAAGUAUAAAGGCGUGCGGCAGGAACUGGCCCUGGACAAACUGGUCAGUUUUAUCGCGGUCGGGCUUCCUUUGUUACUCAUCUCACUCGCUUUUGCACAAGAAGUAUCUGUGGGUACCCAGAUCACGUGUUUUGCACCCUCUAGCUUCUCAAUGCGACAGGCUUCAUAUGUAGACUCCUUCUGCUGGGCUGCAAUAGAGAGUCACUCAACAGAGGAUGGGGUUAAUAGCGUCCCCCUACAACUACACAAGUUCUUUCCUUAUAUCUUACUGCUGGUCGCCGUCAUUAUGUAUAUCCCAGCUCUCUUUUGGCGUUUCACGAGUGCCCCUUCCCUCUCCUCUGACCUCUGUUUUAUCAUGGAGGAACUUGACCGUUGCUACAAUCGUGCCAUCCGCCUGGCCAAGAGCCUUACGUCCAACCUCGAUGGCAAAGACAUAGCAGAAGAUCCACAUGGUGGUAUUGAAUUGACUGAAGGUUGUUUUAAGUACCCUCUGGUAGAGCAGUACCUAAAAACAAAGCGUGCGUCAAAGGCUUUGGCAGCAAAAUAUCUUCUUUGUCGAGUUUUAACGCUCCUCACUUUACUCCUGGGCUGCGUUUAUCUGACCUACUACAUCUUUUGGGUGUCACCCAGUGACCAAUUCUCCUGUAACCUGCGGACAGGUAUUUUAUCAAAUGAGAGUGGGAUACCAAAAGCAGUGCAGUGUAAACUAGUAGCAGUGGGGGUAUUCCGCCUCCUAAGCUGCAUUAAUCUGGUGAUGUAUGUAGUGUUAGUACCGGCUGUGGUUUAUUCUGCCCUCCAACCUUUUAUUGAACACCAGCAUGCCCAGUGCCUCCAACCAUACCGCCUGCUGCCUGCUUUCGGGCGUAGCCUCGAUUUGCAGCCUUCUGCACGUCGUUAUGAUGACCUCAGCAUCUAUCUUCUUUUUCUGGAAGAGAACUUAAGUGAGCUUAAGAGCUACAAAUGUUUGCAGGUAUUAGAAUUGCUGUCAGAGGAAGGAGAGGCACCGUUUGACACCAUGUGUCUUCUUAGGACUUUGGGACAAGUAAGGACUGACAUGGUGGACAGAAAACAACCCCAAACAGUCAAUGGUGAAACUAAGACAGAACAAAAUGAUGUUUCUUCUCUUCUGCUGGAUGAUGCAGUACAGCCUGAGAAAAGUUGCGGUUGUGUGAAAGAUGUGAGACACAGGGUGGUCUGAAGUACUUUUUGUUUGAUUGAUACAUAUAAUAUAAUAAUCGGUGUUUAAAAAGCUAUACGGAUUACACUGUGAAAGGAAGUCUAUAGAAUGCCACUGCACUGAUAAAAAAACCUGUGGCUGUUCAUCAAUAUUAAAUAAAAGGUUUAAACUAAUCGCAAUUAACAUACAAGGUUAUGCAAUGCUUGAGACUAACAGUGAGAUAUUUAAAUGUUUACAUUUACUAAAGGAUAAAGUUAACAUGUGGGUGGCCAGAUGCAACUAAAGACCUGCACCCGCACAAUUGAUAUGCAUGUAGGAGCCUUGUCACUUAUAAUGGGGUAUAGACUAUGUUUUGCGAUCAAACAAACAAGAAAUGUUUUUCUUUGUUGAAAAAUACAACAAUGCCUUCAAUGUAAAAAAGUUGUUUUGACUUAAAAAAAAAAUACCUGGUUGCCUUUACUCUAAUUUUGAGUUAAUUAAAUUUCAUUUUAAGGCAGCGUUAGUAACUUACUUUUCACUUACUUUUACUUAACAUUUACUAAAGCACGCAACUAAAGACUGCACCUGCAUAAUUUAUAUGAAUGUUGGGGGCUUGUCAGUUGUAAUGGUGUAUAGAGUAUGUUAACUAAUUACUAAAACAUUUUCAGGCAACCUGCUAACUUUUUUAGGUUAAACCAACACAUUUUUUACAAUCCUUUUCUUAGGGCUGUUCUCCAGAUCCAAUAUAUGCAUCCUUUAUACUGUGUACCAUGCCAGAUUUUUCAGACGUAACUGCCGGAAUGUAAUAUGACCCAGAGAAAGUGUUUUAUUGGUUUGUUCAAAGCCAAUACUUCAUUACUUCAAUAAUUGAAUUAUUAUAUGGAUCUUUUAAUAUAAAGAAAAGCGUUUAUUGCUCAGAGGCAGCAGUCAAGGGUUAAGAUACAGUAGGAAAAACAAGAAAUAUUGCUUAAUGCACUGAAAAGCAUUAUUCAAAUAAGCUGUAAUGUAGGUUUAAUACAUUUAUUUCAAAUAUUUUUACUUUUGUAUAUAUGAGAGCUGUUUUUUGUAUUAAGUUGAAUAUUUUACUAUCUUAAUUGUGUAGUUUCUUUUGUUAUCGCUAAAUUGUUUUAUAUUAUCCAAAAAAAAAAAAAAAAAUGUUUACAUGUUUCAGUUAUUUUCUUUGUUAUUGUUUGUAUAAUUUCAUACUGUACCUCUUUAGCCUGAAGAUAUUAAGAUAUUUAAUGUUGCAUGUCUUGAACAAUUCAACUAUUGUCAGACAAGUUGCAAAUAAAUACAUUUAUGCACUUCCGGUGUCAUUUGUUUACAGCUAACUCACUUCAUCAUCAUGCACUCCAACAAUUUUGGAAUGAUCUUUUUGACAGUUUUAGGGCAAAAUUGAGUUACACAUUUAUAGCGUUUACUAACAAGCAGACAUACCUCACAUUGUACUUCACGUUAUAUAUGUAAUCUCACAAAGGAUUAUACUGUAUGUCUUCCCAUUUUGUAUAUUAUGAGUAAAAUCAGAUGUAGUUUGUGCUUUUGAUCUGAGAGUAUUAGCCUCAACCUCUGUUAACCCUUGUAUUGUGUUCGAUUUUUGUGAUGAUUUUAAUGGACCAGGUCGAAUUGACAUUAAUUGCAUUCAAUGCAAUUCUCUAAAUAUCACAUUAUGA